CAGGAGGGUGAGUGGCAGGACGCUCUGGCCAGGAGGCCAGCCUUCUUUGGGCCAGAAAGGGGACCUUUCCCACUGGACCACAGUGAGGAACCCAGGCCGGGGUGGUUUCUAGGUGUGUCUUGGUGGCUGCAGGUGGUGGUGAGGAGGAUGGGGGAAAGUGUGAAUGUCGGCAUGAGCCUGGAAGAGGGGGAGGCACCCCUUCUGGAAGCUUUCUUUGGUCCAGCUGCAGACAAUCAAUUUGUGCCUGGUCUAACCCAGAAGAGAUUUAUCCUGGUGGAUAGUUACCGAAUUUCUUCUUCAGUGAUGGGGGAAUAGUUUGGAGGCCAGCUUUGUGUCCCUUCUCUACCUGCACUGGCUGGAAGGUUGUGUCUACUUAGUAGGUCUCUGCUCUUGUUGGGGACCCACUAAUAAGGUCAGGGGCUAAAUUCAUAGCUUGUUUCCUUGAGCCUAGGGGACAUUGAUUCUGUUUGCUCCCAAAAUGGGUAAAGUAGGAAGGAAGACAGCUGUGGUGCUGAGAGGACCCUGGGGGGUUCCCCAAGGGCAGUGGGCCUGGGGACUUCUGGUCUGGGCCACCUGAGAAACCUGACCAAGGUGGACAUCAGAGCCUCAAGGUGUGUUGGCUCUCAAUAGGCUCCUUAGACUGAGCCAGACUGCUCAGCUUCUGACCUUGCAGAGCUGGCCCUGUUCAGUAGCAGAUUCCCUGCGGUUCUAAUCUGAUGGGUAGCUCUUUCACCAGCCCAGUCAUCUCCCCAAACUCCUGUGCCUUCUUGUUGUCCCCUACCUGGCUCCCCCCAAUUUUACAACAGGGAGAGCAAGCACAGGUCACAGUGAGUGAGUGUUUGCUGCCAGCUUCUCCUGGGUCUGAACUUCCUUAGAGCCUCGAGAAUUGUCUCCAUUUGCUCCGGUUGAGCCUGAGCUGUUGAAUGGUGGAAGUGGGUUGGCUCUACCUGAAAAGCAUCAGCUCCUCGCCCCAGGAAUGUCUCAGGAGGUGGCUGGCAUUGGGGUGGGAUGGGAAUUCCUGAACAUCCGUUGUUGCCUUUGGGUACUUACGGCCAGGGCAGAUUUUCCCUCGCCCUCUUGGCUCCUGUAGGCAAAGAAAGCACACCUGGGGAUAUGAUGGAGCUCAGAUUGACUAUGUUGAACUUGGGUUCCUGUUUCUCAAACAAACCACACCCAAUCCCUUGUGCUGGUCUCUCCAUUGGUGCCCGGGAACGCUGAGGUGCUCAGCCUUUGAGAAAUGCUGGCAGAGGCCACCCAGCCACCAGCAGGUCAGCUUCCUCUUGGCCCAUUCUGAAUUUCCUUUGCAAAGUACCAGGGUCUUCCCCCGACUUCCUCCGCUUUGGCCCCAAUGCUACAUGGGAGGAAACUGAGUCGUGAUGGGAGAAAGUGGUGAUUUUGCCCAUAACCUCCUUGCCAGAGAUGGGUGGGGUGCUGAGUGGCCAUGGCCAUGGCCAUGGCCAAGCUUGGUGGAGGGCCAUGGAGAGUGGACUGGCUCUGAGGCUGCGUCCUCGCCUUGGGGCCAGCCUGUGCUGGCAGGCGCUUUCUUUGGAAGGCGUGUAAUUACAGAGUGGCUUACUUUCCCUCCGCUGUGUUGUCUGGAAUCGCCCGUCUGGAAUGGGUGCUCCUGGCCAGACACAACACGCGGGGGCAGACAUAGGGAUUCAGCUCUGAGGCACCCUGCCUUCCACGGCUGGCCCUGCCUGGAGCAUCUGCUGGGCCCCUUCUUGUCUUGGUGGGGGUGGAUUCCUUCCAGGUGUGGGAGGAAGAGAGUGAGGUCUGGGUACCUGGGGACAGAGAGAGGAAGAGAGUGACUCAAUGGCUGGGUGGAAGCGUCCUGGCCUUGGGUGCUGCCCAGAAUAAGGCCACAGUCAAGGCAGCCAGUGACCUGGAGCAGGGGGGUCAUUAGACUCUCCUGAGCUUGGUGAGCAGAUGGGAGUUGAAACAAGCUCCAGAUCUAAACACCGGCUCCCCAGCUGCUCCUCUCAGUCUUUCUCAGCCUCGCUGGACUUCAUUGCCGUCUUGGGCAUGGCCCUCUUUCCUGACGGAGCCGUCUCCAGGUGAACCUGCAGCCCCAUGGGGUUUCCCAGCCCUUCCUCCCCUCUCCCGUCCCCCUCGCUUUGGCUUGCAGCCUUUCCCCCUCUGCAGGCCCCUCCUGCCUCGUUUUCUCACUGUCUGGCUUCUGGAGACCUGGCUGAGGGCGAGCCCCCCUUGGCCCUGGGCCUGUCCACCUGGAAGGCCCUCAGCAUCCUGAAGGAGCAGCUGGAAGCAGUGCUGGAAGGACACCUGAGGGAGCAGAAGAAAUGUCUUACGUGGAAGGAGAUGUGGAGAAGCAGCUUCCUGCACCACAGUAACCGCUGCUCCUGUUUCCACUGGCCGGGUGCCGCGCUCAUGCUGCUGGCUGUGCUGCUGCUGCUGGGCUGCCAUGGGAGCCAGCCCGCGGGGAGCCACGGGGUGGAGCUGGUGAACGCCUCCGCGCUGUUCCUGCUGCUGCUUCUCAACCUCGUCCUCGUUGGGCGGCAGGGUCGGCUGAAGCGCCGGGAAGUGGAGCGGCGGCUGCGUGGGAUCAUCGAGCAAAUCCAAGAUGCCCUCAGGGACGGCAAGGAGAUCACCUGGCCAAAUGCCAUGUACCCGGACCUCCACAUGCCCUUUGCACCCUCCUGGUCCCUGCACUGGGCCUACCGAGACGGACACCUGGUCAACCUGCCAGUGAGCCUGCUGGUGGAAGGGGACAUCAUAGCUCUGAGGCCGGGCCAAGAGUCGUUCGCCUCCCUCAGGGGGAUCAAGGAUGAUGAGCACAUUGUCUUGGAGCCAGGAGACCUGUUUCCCCCUUUCUCGCCACCCCCGUCUCCCCAGGGAGAGGUGAAGAAAGGGCCACAGAGCCCCCAGCAGCACCGGCUCUUCCGAGUGCUCGAGACCCCCGUGAUUGACAGUGUCAGGGCUGAGGGCUGUCUCACCCACAGAUGGUGCCUGGCCAUGGCGCUGUCCCGUCCCGUCACCGCCCUGGACAACGAGCGGUUCACGGUGCAGUCGGUGAUGCUGCACUACGCCGUGCCCGUGGUCCUGGCCAGCUUCCUAAUCACCAACGCCCUGCGCUUCAUGUUCCACGCCCCCGGGGUCACCUCCUGGCAGCACACCCUGCUCCAGCUGCAGGUGAACGGUGUCCUGCCCAUUCUCCCCCUGCUCUUCCCAGCCGUCUGGGUUCUGGCCACCGCCUGCGGAGAAGCCCGCGUCCUGGCCCAGACAAGCAGGGCCUCGCCCAGCUCCCUGUUGGCCAAGUUCUCAGAGGACACCCUCAGCAGCUACACAGAAGUCGUCUCCCCUCAGGAAAUGCUGCGCUGCAUAUGGGGCCACUUUCUGAGGGUCAUCCAGGGGACCUCGCCAACGCUGAGCCACAGCUCCAGCCUGCUGCACAGCCUGGGCUCUGUCACGGUGCUGUGCUGUGUAGACAAGCAGGGGAUCCUGUCGUGGCCGAAUCCCAGCCCGGAGACGGUGCUGUUCUUCAGUGGGAAGAUGGAGCACCCCCACAGCAGCCACGAGGACCUCACCGAUGACCUGUCUACCCGCUCCUUCUGCCAUCCCGAGGUAGAGGAGGAGCCUCAUGAACGAGACGCCCUCUUGGCUGGCUGCCUGAGCAAUACCCUACACCUUUCCAACGAGCAGGAGCCUGGCAACUCGCCUGGUGAUGGUCCCAAGCCUGCAGAGCCCCACUUUCACCACAGACCACAUGGCCGCAGCCAGCACCCAUCAGGCUCCAAUGUGAGCUUCAGCCGGGACACCGAGGGUGGCGAGGAAGAGCUCCAUAGGAGCCAGCCCCGGAUGGAGGGCGAGGCCUACGAAGCAGAGGACUUGGUGUGUGACUGCCACCUGGAGAUGCUGCGCCUGUCCCAGGAUCAGCAGAACCCCUCCUGCAUCCAGUUUGAUGACUCCAACUGGCAGCUCCACCUCACCUCCCUCAAGCCCCUGGGCCUCAACGUGCUGCUGAACCUGUGUGAUGCCAGCGUCACCGAGCGGCUCUGCCGCUUCUCAGACCACCUGUGCAACGUCGCCCUGCAGGAGAGCCACAGUGCGGCGCUGCCCGUGCACGUGCCCUGGGGCCUCUGCGAGCUCGCCCGCCUCAUCGGCUUCACUCCCGGGGCCAAGGAGCUCUUCAAGCAGGAGAACCACCUGGCCCUGUACCGCCUCCCCAGCGCCGAGACGGUGAAGGAGACCUCGCUGGGGAGGCUCUCCUGUGCCACCAAGCGGCGCCCCCCCCUCAGCCACAUGAUCAGCCUCUUCAUCAAGGACACCACCACCAGCACUGAACAGAUGCUGUCCCACGGCACUGCUGAUGUGGUCUUGGAGGCGUGCACCGACUUCUGGGACGGAGCGGACAUCUACCCUCUCUCCGGUUCCGACAGAAAGAAAGUGCUGGAUUUCUACCAGCGAGCCUGCCUGUCCGGCUACUGCUCCGCCUUCGCCUACAAGCCCAUGAACUGUGCCCUGUCCUCGCAGCUCAACGGCAAAUGCAUCGAGCUGGUGCAGGUGCCGGGUCAGGGCAGCUUCUUCACCCUGUGCGAGCUGCCCAGCACCAGCCCCCUCAAGCAGAGCACCCGCCGCAACAGCUGGAGCUCGGAUGAGGGGCUCGGGGAGGUGCUGGAGAAGGAGGACUGCAUGCAGGCCCUGAGCGGCCAGAUCUUCAUGGGCAUGGUGUCGUCCCAGUACCAGGCCCGGCUGGACGUCGUGCGCCUCAUCGACGGGCUGGUCAACGCCUGCAUCCGCUUUGUCUACUUCUCUUUGGAGGAUGAGCUCAAAAGCAAGGUGUUUGCUGAAAAGAUGGGCCUGGAGACAGGCUGGAAUUGCCACAUCUCCCUCACACCCAACGGUGACAUGCCUGGCUCCGAGAUCCCCCCCUCCAGCCCCAGCCACGCAGGCUCCCUGCACGAUGAGCUGAACCAGGUGUCCCGAGAUGACACGGAAGGGCUCCUCCUGAUGGAGGAGGAGGGUCACUCUGACCUCAUCAGCUUCCAGCCGACGGACAGCGACAUUCCCAGCUUCCUGGAGGACUGCAACCGGGCCAAGCUGCCCCGGGGUAUCCACCAGGUGCGGCCCCACCUGCAAAACAUUGACAACGUGCCCCUGCUUGUGCCCCUCUUCACUGACUGUACCCCUGAGACCAUGUGCGAGAUGAUUAAGAUCAUGCAGGAGUACGGAGAGGUGACCUGCUGCCUGGGCAGCUCUGCCAACCUGCGCAACAGCUGCCUCUUCCUCCAGAGCGACGUCAGCAUUGCCCUGGACCCCCUGUACCCAUCCCGUUGCUCCUGGGAGACCUUUGGCUACGCCACCAGUGUCAGCAUGGCCCAGGCCUCCGACGGCCUUUCCCCCCUGCAGCUUGCAGGGCAGCUCAACAGCCUGCCUUGCUCCUUGAGCUUCCGCCAGGAGGAGACCAUCAGCAUCAUCCGGCUCAUUGAGCAGGCGCGGCACGCCACCUACGGCAUCCGGAAGUGCUUUCUCUUCCUGCUUCAGUGCCAGCUGACCCUUGUGGUCAUCCAGUUCCUUUCCUGCCUGGUCCAGUUACCGCCGCUGCUGAGCACCACCGACAUCCUGUGGCUGUCCUGCUUCUGCUACCCUCUGCUCAGCAUCUCCCUGCUGGGGAAACCCCCCCAUAGCUCCAUCAUGUCUAUGGCUACAGGGAAGAAUCUUCACUCCAUUCCUAAGAAGACCCAGCACUACUUCCUGCUCUGCUUCUUGCUCAAGUUCAGCCUUACCAUUAGUUCCUGCCUCGUCUGCUUUGGGUUCACGCUGCAGAGCUUCUGCGACAGCUCCCGGGCCCACAACCUCAGUGACUGCGUGUCCAUCAUGCUGCGCAGUGAUGCUGACACAGCUCCACACUGGUUUGAGGACUUUGCCAAUGGGUUGCUGCUGGCUCAGAAGCUCACCGCUGCCCUGAUCGUCCUGCACACUGUAUUCAUCUCCAUCACCCACGUGCAUCGCACCAAGCCGCUGUGGAGGAAGAGCCCCUUGACCAACCUCUGGUGGGCCGUGACGGUGCCCGUGGUGCUGCUCGGCCAGGUGGUCCAGACGGCGGUGGACCUGCAGCUGUGGACACACAGGGACAGCCGCGUCCACUUUGGCCUGGAGGACGUGCCUCUGCUGACCUGGCUCCUGGGCUGCCUGUCCCUCGUCCUGGUGGUGGUCACCAACGAGAUUGUGAAACUGCAUGAGAUUCGGGUCCGUGUCCGCUACCAGAAGCGACAGAAGCUGCAGUUUGAAACUAAACUGGGCAUGAACUCUCCUUUCUGAGCCAUUGGCCUUGGUGGCUAUAGUGCCCUGGUCCCCGGGGCUGAGCUGGACCCGUUUCUGAAUCUGGGGAGCUGAUAUCAUGAAUGUUUCAGGGUUUGCUCUCAGGCCCCUUCAGCCAACCAGGCGCCCCAGGGGUUUCGAGGUUCGGCUUCGGUGUCGGGCCCUGCUGUCUUCCUGACCCUGGGCUUGCUGUGGAAGAGCCGCAGAACCCAGGGCUGGGCCGGUCGGGAUGGUCCUCACCUCUUCCCAGGUGGGCCAGGGGUGCUCUUGAAUGUAUGACCUUGUACAUAUGACCCUUGAGGGUCCCCUAACCCAGUGUGCCCCCUCUUCUGGGGUACAGGCCCAGCCUCGAACAGUGGAUAGCAGCAGCAGCAGCAGUGGGAGGCCCGAACGCCCCCCUAGGCCGGGCAGUUAAGGCAGGGGUGGCACAGCCCCCAGUGCCCCCCUCACCCUGUUAUUCUGGGGCAGGGGCCUGGAGAGUGGGGGCUGCCUCAUGCUCCCAGGACCUGAAAAUGGAGAAGAGGCCCCAGCUUGCCCCGGAACCCUUCUUCCCGUGCCUCUCAAGCUGGCAGUGAGGACCAGGCUUGGGGGAUCUGGGCCGGGUCUCCCUCUGACCCCUGCCCUAGUUCUCCUAUGUGAGAAUGUUUUUACUGGUGUAUCUUUUCUACUGGAAAUGAGCCUUUUAAGGAUGAAUGUAGACUGGUUUGUAUUAAAACUGUAAAUUGCUUAACAAAA